CCCGCCGCGCGGCCAGGGGCCAGCGUCUCUCUCUCUCUCUUUCUCUCUCUCUCUCUCUUUCUCUUUCUCUCUCUCUCCCCUUCACACUUUCCGGUGUGACGCGCGGCCCCGGUGAACUUUUCCCUCCGGUGGAAAGUGACCGACCACCAACCGGAUCUUACCGGGGUGUGACCGAGCAGCUCGCGGCCGGACCCGCCGUGAUUCACUCCCCCCCCCUCCGACCACCGGGCCCCAACUUCCGUUACUAUCCCCGGGCGGUGACGUCAGCACCGGGAAAAAAGUUUGGAGCCGGUUCACCGGAGGAGACGAGAACCGUGAGACCGGAACCACGGCCGCUCCACGCGCGUGCCCGCCGCUGCUCGUCGCUCGGUUGUUUCCCCGCGUGCACGCGCAGAUGGGGACGAUGUGAACGGGACCGCGCGUUGCCUCCACGAGACUCACGCUGAUCUCCGGUAGAGGUGGAGUGGGUGGAGCUGAACGAUGGCGAGUGCGUCAGUGAAGGUGGCGGUGCGAGUCCGUCCGUUCAACUCCCGAGAAACUGGACGCAAUGCCAAGUGUGUGAUCCAGAUGCAGGGAAACACCACGUGUAUCUCCAACCCCAAACAACCCAAAGAUGGAGCCAAGAACUUCUCCUUUGACUAUUCCUACUGGUCACACACGACGAAUGACGAGCCCGGCUUUGCGUCUCAGAGGCAAGUGUAUAAAGACAUUGGGGAGGAGAUGCUGCUUCACGCCUUUGAAGGAUACAAUGUGUGUAUUUUUGCCUACGGCCAGACUGGUGGAGGAAAGAGUUACACCAUGAUGGGCAAACAGGAGCCUGGACAGGAGGGGAUCAUCCCACAGCUCUGUGAAGAACUAUUUCAGAAAACAGGAGAAAACGCAGAUCCUGACCUGAUGUACUCUGUGGAGGUGUCCUACAUGGAGAUCUACUGUGAGCGGGUCAGAGAUCUGCUAAACCCAAAGUCCCAGGGGACUCUGCGGGUUCGAGAGCAUCCCAUUCUGGGGCCGUAUGUGGAGGACCUGUCCAAACUCGCUGUGACCGGAUUCACAGACAUCCGGGACCUGAUGGACGCCGGCAACAAAGCCCGGACAGUUGCGGCCACAAACAUGAACGAGACCUCGUCCAGGUCACACGCCGUCUUCACCAUCGUCUUCACCCAAAAACGACGAGACCAGAUGACCAGCCUGGACACUGAGAAGGUCAGUAAGAUCAGUCUGGUCGACCUGGCUGGAAGCGAGCGAGCUGACUCGUCGGGGGCAAAGGGCACCAGGCUCAAGGAAGGAGCAAACAUCAAUAAAUCUCUCACCACAUUGGGAAAGGUGAUAUCCGCUUUGGCUGAAAUGCAGAGCAGUAAGAAGAGGAGAAGUGAUUUUGUUCCCUACAGAGACUCUGUGCUCACCUGGCUACUGAAGGAAAACCUAGGAGGAAACUCUCGAACGGCCAUGAUCGCUGCUCUAAGUCCUGCUGACAUCAACUAUGAAGAAACACUGAGCACCCUGAGAUAUGCUGACCGUGCCAAACAGAUCCGUUGUAACGCUAUUAUCAAUGAAGAUCCAAACGCCCGACUGAUCAGAGAGCUGAAGUCUGAAGUGGAGCGACUGAGAAACCUGCUCUUCUCACAGGGCCUGCAGGAACUGCUGGAUAACGCUGCCAACAACAACAAUGCCCCUGCUGGUGAUGCAGGUAUGUGCCCCUCCCCCUUGCAGCUGGCACUUGCAGCCAAUGGAAUCGCACCUCAGAAUGGCUCCUCCCCUCCAGACGCAAGUGAGGCGUCGUCUUCGGGGGAUGCAGCAGCUGACCCAGAGGACCUGAACGAGGAUGAAGAAGACGGGGAGGAGGCCAUCAGCAAAGAGGAGGCAGCUGAGAGACUGAUGGAGACGGAGAAAUUCAUCGCUGAGCUAAACGAGACGUGGGAAGAGAAACUAAGAAAAACAGAAUCCAUACGCCUGGAUAGAGAGUCCCUGCUGGCAGAAAUGGGCGUGUCCAUCAAGGAGGACGGAGGAACGUUGGGCGUCUUCUCUCCUAAAGGAACUCCUCACCUGGUCAACCUGAAUGAAGACCCUCUGAUGUCUGAGUGUCUCCUCUACUACAUCAAGGAGGGUUUCACCAGGGUUGGACAACAGGACGUGGACAUUAAACUGUCAGGAGACUUUAUAAAGGAGAUUCACUGUGUGUUCGUCAGCGAGCUCACCGAGCAGGGAGAAGUGGUGGUCACUCUGGAGCCAUUAAUCGGAGCGGAGACGUACGUGAACGGGAAGGAGAUCAAUGACGCAGUCAUCCUCAAACAAGGUAACCGCAUCGUGAUGGGGAAGAACCAUGUGUUCCGCUUCAACCACCCGGAGCAGGCGAGGCUGGAGAGGGAGCGCAGCGUGACAGCUGAGCAGCAGGGGGAGCCAGAGGACUGGAACUACGCUCAGAAGGAGCUGCUGGAGAAACAAGGCAUCGACAUCAAACUGGAGAUGGAGAAGAGGCUGCAGGACAUGGAGACUCAGUAUCGUAAAGAGAAGGAGGAGGCUGAUCUGCUGCUGGAGCAACACAGGCUGUAUGCCGACAGUGACAGCGGUGACGACUCAGACAAACGCUCCUGUGAGGAAAGCUGGAGGCUGAUUUCCUCCCUGAGAGAGAAACUACCUGCCAACAAGGUUCAGUCCAUCGUGAAGCGCUAUGGUCUGCCCAGCAGUGGGAAGAGGAGGGAGCCGCUCAGAGUCUAUCAGAUCCCUCAGAGGAGGAGGAUCAGCAAAGACCCCAAGCGGGUCACCAUCGAAGACCUCCGCAUGCAGGCCGUCAAAGAGAUCUGCUACGAGGUGGCUCUGGGAGAUUUCCGUCACUCCCGCCAGGAGAUCGAGGCGCUGUCCAUCGUCAAGAUGAAGGAACUCUGUCGCAUGUACACCAAGAAGGACGCCAACGAGAGGGAGAGCUGGAGGGCCGUGGCCCAGGACGUGUGUGACACCGUGGGCAUCGGAGAGGAAAGGAGCCCCCCCGAGGAGGAGGGAGGAGGAGGAGGAGGAGAAGGGGGAGCAGGAGAGACGGGCGAGGGAGGCGAGAAAGUCAAAGUGUACGACCUGAAGGCUCACAUCGAUAAACUGACAGACAUUCUGGAGGAGGUGAAGCUGCAGAACAACAUGAAGGACGAGGAGAUCAGAGGUCUGAGAGACAGGAUGAUCAAGAUGGAGAGCAUCAUACCUGUGCAGGAGGACGACAUGAAUGGAGAAGACGAGGAGGGAGAUCAGAGAGACGGGGACGAAGGCAGUGGGGACGUCCCUAAACAGCCGGAGGUCCGAGUCAAGCGGCUGAUGGACGAGGACCCGGCGUUCAGGAGAGGGCGCCUCCGCUGGCUGAAACUGGAACAGCAGAGAAUCCUGAACCUGCAGCAGCAGAACAUCACCAAGAAGCUCCGAGGACAGAGCCAGACCCAGGGUCCGAACACCCCCGUCGUCCCUGUCCACCUCCCGGGGACCGGCCGCUUCAUCCCUCCCGCGGAAUGCAAACUGAAGUUCCCCUUUAAGAGUAACCCCGCCCACCGGUUGUCAUGGGGACCAGCCAGCGCCGCCCUGCAAGCCCUGGGUCUCGGGGAAAGCGGAGGAGAUGGAUGGGAGGAGGGGGGGGGAGUGGAAGGUAAAACUUCUCCGUCACCUCCUCCCUCUCAGGGUCACUCUCCUGCUCUCUUGCCCCUCCCCUUCCUGGUCCCGCCCCCUCGCAUGCGCACCCCCAGCCCCCAUCGAGCCUGGCAGCAGCGUAAUCCAGGCAACCAGGGUAACCAGGGUAACCAGGGCGGCUUCAACUACCAUCAGCAGGGCAACAACCAAAACCACCAUCGGCGCCAACGCCGCAACUCUUUGGAUAGCUCCACCCAUGGCAACAGUAACUACGACAGCGACCAGCAUCACGGUGGCGAUGGCAGUGGCGGUCACCAGGGGCGACAAAGACAGAGGAGGGGGGUGUCACCAGGGCCUAGAGGGGAGUGGGGAGGAGGAGGAGGAGGAAGAGGAGGAGGAGGAGGUGGUGGGAGAGACGGGAGAGACAGAAGCAGAGACAGAAGCUUCCAUUUUAAUCAACAACAGCACCAUCAGUUCCAACACCACCCCUACUACAAUCCCCACAAUGCACCAUUCCAGCCAGGACCUCAUCCUAACUACCACAGCUUGCCACGCUCUUGCCCCCCCCUACCGCCCGACAUGCUGAUUGGGGCGGGCCCACCGCCGGGGGGGUGGGGCUUCACCACUCCUCCGAGGAUGAGACGACAGUUCAGUGCACCGGACCUCAAACAAAACAAGGAGACGCCCAUCUGACCUCUGACCUCCGACACAUGGACGACUCUGAUUGGUUAAAGGGCACAGGGCGGUCCUGAUGCUGUAGAGAUGCGUGUGCGUGCGUGUCUGUGUGUGUGUGUCUGCCGCACUUUUCUAGACUGAGUCAACCCAUCACACACAUCCUGUAUCUUCAAUCCUGCUGUGUGUGUUUGUGUUUGUGUGUGUGUGUGUGUGUGUGUGUGUAGCUUUUACGUUCACAGGUUAGCUGUUGCCAUUGCAACACUGUUUUAUUUUUUGCUGUUGGUUGGAUUGUCAAACAAGAUGGAAGUUUAAUAUGUAAUGACUUAGUUUUAUUGGUCGCCGAUAUCGAUUGAAGUUGUGGUCACGAUCAGUCAUUUAUCACGAGGUGCUAACGUGUUAGCUCCUGAGGCUACUUCGUGUUAGCGGAAUUUUUGUUUUUUUAAAGAUGAAGUACGUCGGGUUGAGUUUAAGGGCAGAGCGGAUGUUUGUACUUACGCACACUUCAGUUUUAGCUGCUGUUAGCCCAGGAGGCUAACGGCAGCUAACUAGCCUGAUUCAGCCUGAGCAUUCUGUGUUAGCUUGGGCUGGCCAGUUAGCAUAUGCAAGGAGCAAGGGAUGGCUCUUUAGCUUUUCAGGCUAAUAGGUAGUGAAAUGCUACACAAGCCCAAGUUUAGCCUAGCCUAGCCAAGGCAGCAUUCAUGUUAUAUGGGAACAACAGGUUGUACGACUUCGAUUUCAACACAUUGAACUCAGUUUAUUUUACAUUUAUUUUAGAUUUAAAGUGUUUAUGAACUUAACAGCAAUAUCUCGUGUUAGCAUGAAUGCUCCAAGUUUCGCGUUCUGAAGAAAGACACAAAUGUGGUUCUAACUUUAAAUAGGUUUACGGUAAUGAACGAAAGAUGGAAUCGUGAGUUGAAUGUUUUGGGUGUUUUUCCGUUGUUGAAGCAGAGGUCGUACGCAAUCUUGUUCCUCCCAUGUGACUUGAAUGCUGAGUCGCCAAGUGCUACAAACCAAAGAAAGCUGCUGUGUGGCGCCACCUGCAGGUGAGCCGACGGCCACACUGCUGUACAGACAGACGGGGUCUAGCAUGUUGUAAAUGUUGAUGUGACUUGCUCACAGAAUCGUUUUAAAGCGUGAUGUGUGUAUAUUUGAUUUGAGUUUCUAUGAAGAUGAAUCUAUUUUAAGAAAAACACUCAUGCUGAGUUCACUAUCAUAGGCAAUCGUGGGAAAAAGCAGUAAGUGAGAGCUAAUGUGCGAUGAAGUAAUCAUGGUGGAUUAUAGUUAAUGUAGGGCUGUGUGAGGAGGGAACUCUGGGAAAUGUAGUCAGAGAGAGGAGUUUGAAUAGAGAAGGUAGAGAAUGAAGAGAAGGAGAUUUUGUUUUGAUGCUUUGUUUUUAAGAAACACGAGGACUCGCUCCUCCAUCAGGACCUGACACUACUUCAUAUUGAAUUUGUCCUGAAGAGACGAGGAGUGAACACUGACUUCCUGCGACGACAGGAAGAGGAAAACUGUGGCUUCCUCUCGUUUGAGAGUCACUUUCAAGACUGAUUUUUAUUUUCAAUAUAAUGACAGAGAAGCCAGAUAUUUGUUUUCAUCCUCGCCGACUGAGCUUUAACAGACUUUUUGUAAAUAACAAGAAUCUCUAUUAUUGAUGAAUCAAUAAAUGUUCAAAAGAGAGUAAAAAAAAAAGUCUGAGGUGGAAGUCGAGAACAUUUUAAGACGGAGAAAAACUGAAUUCAUUUAUGACUGAACUGAUGAUUCUGUCGUUCGCUGAAUCAUUUCAGCUCUAAAAAUCUUUGCAAGGGUCAAGUUCUUCCUGCUGCGUUCACUGCACCUCUGAAAUGUAGGAUGUUGUAAAACCAGCUGAACGUAGCAGUUGAGUUUUAAUGUCCCGCAAACGAAAAAAAGGUUUACUGUCAGGAGGGGCGGGGCGUUAAAACCCCACCCCCACACAGGAUAAGGCAUUGUGGGAGAUGACGAGUGGAGUUUCGGUGCUCCUUGACCUUUAAGAUCUUCUCACAAAGACGGUCAGAAACCAACCAAUGGGAAACGCUCCCUCUGGUUGGGAGGUAGUUGCCACAAUAUUGGUGACAAAAUAACAGGAGUUGAUUAUGAUUGGCCCGAGAAGCGUGACAUCAGCAGAUCUUAAGUUCCACCUUGUUUGGCUCUGCUGUCUCUGGGAUCGUGGGACAAUCUGGAUGACCUGUUGCCGCUGCCGGUCAUGAGGGGAAAAUAAGUUUUCCUAUUUGUUAUGGUUUUUCAGUUUUCUUAUUUUUAAUUUUUUUCCAGCUCUGGUCUCUGAUUGGCUGGUUUUUACUUUUUCUCUUUGUGUAUUCAUUUCUUCCGGAGCAUUUUUAACCCCGCCUCCAUGUUUUGUUUUUUUUGCUUCAUGAUGCCAUCAUCACUAUUAUUGAAAUAAUUAUGAAGUUUUAAGUAUCAUCAAUGUUGGGUUCUUGCUGCUAAAGGGAGAUUGUUCACCCUCAUGCAAAUGUCUGUGUGCAUGUGUGUGUGCCUGCCAUGUGCGUGUCUGUGUGUGUGUGCCUGUCUCUAUGUGUGUGCACAUUUCCUGGUUAAUUUAGAGUCAUAAUCAAAAGUUUGUUUUUCUUUAUAAAGCUGAUUUUAUUGUUUUUCUUUUACUCGUUUGUUUUUGGGAGUUUAAGGGGGGGGGGGUCUGGCGGUUGUAGGAAGCCAUCUCCAUGGCAACUCCACUCAACAGAACUCCAACCUUCGAACCAUAUGAUCACAACAUGAACAAUGACAUGGACAUGAUGACAUCACGGUGUAGCCCCCCUCCUAUUGGCUCGGUUGUUUGUGUGUCUGUGUUGUUGUAUCAGGAACCAAUCUCAGGCUCUACCUGCAGACAACAUGACGACAAUAAAGUGUCGACAAACUCGACUCCA